UACCACUUGUUUUGCCUCUGCAAGUUUGGAAGAUCCAAAUUAGAAAUGGAUAGGAAUGAGAACCUUUGGUUUUCAGAUGAAAAGGUGGAAGAAGACAACCAAGACACAGCAGCAACUCUGCACCAACUACAAAUUCUUCAGUCUCUUAUUCCCAAUUCUAACAAGACUGAUGCAAGAUCAAUCUUAGAAGAUGCUUCUGAUUAUGUACAAAAAAUUCAGCAAGAGAUGGAGCAAAUUGAGAAAGAAUUAUCACAAAGGUCAGAAGACAAUGGAAGCUCAUCAAGGAGCAGGAGCAGUGGCUCAAGUUCAGCACCCAAGAUACUGAGGGUGGUAACAGAGAAACUGGUAGAAAGCAGAUUUGUGGUGAAGAUCAGUUCCAAUAAGGGUCCGGGUGUAGCUGCUCAGGUGCAGCGCGUCUUGGAGUCUUUGGAGCUGGACAUGGAAAUGACUUCAAUUUCAGUCCAGGAGAAAACUCCUUUUGAGAUGUUAACCACAGCUAUAGUUGAGGUGACAAAAGAGACUAUGACUGAAGAGGAACUCCAUGAUCUUAUAACGAAAGGAGCGGAAAGGCUUGGGUUGUUAGUACAUUAAGUAACCC